UAACGCCCGGUUUGGCCCGUGUUUUUAAGGAAAUAGGCUGUAAUUCAUCACUCUAAUUGUCAUCAUGACUUCACCAUACACUCAUUACAUUAAGUACUCCAACACUAUCAUAAAUCCUAUUAGAUUUUCGAAAGAAAUAGGAACUUAUGUAAAGGUUUUAGCUCCUCCCAUAGUCGUUGUAUAACUUAGCUUACACAAGUCCUUAACCCCCGAAGUAGAGCUGUAGUCCAUGUGGCACUCAUUCUGUCACUGUUUAGAGGAAGGGAAGGUCAGGGCUAAUGAUUCUUGGGUGUAGGAAGCUGUUGAAAGUUAUCUGUCAUUGCCACAGCAGAUUUGUGUUGAUAGGGUGUGGAACAAGAGUUUACAGUCAGAAGGUCAGCGGAUUGAGCUUUUAUCAUAGGGCUCAGGGAAACUACAAUUACAACGUACCAGGGACAAACAUGUUCACUGAUAUCACUCAAGAAGUGUUCAGGUCAAACCCUGACAGUAACCCAGUUCAGCUCAACUACGGAGUGGCUGUAACUGAUGUGGACAAUGAUGGACAGCUGGAAAUUGUUGUUGCUGGAUAUAAUGGGCCAAACUUAGUGCUGAAGUACAAUAAAGAAGAGGGUCAGCUUGUCAACCUUGCUAUCAAUGAUCCAGAGUCCCCAUACUACUCUCUGAGAGAUGUUGGGGGAAAUGCUAUCGGUGUUUGUGCGUGUGAUGUCGAUGGAGAUGGAAGAGAGGAGAUUUACUUCCUCAACACCAAUCAGGCCUAUUCAGGAAUGGCCACUUACUCGGACAAGCUCUUCAAGUUCAGAAAUGGUAGAUAUGAGGACAUCUUGAAUGAUGACAUCAACAAGAACAUUGCAAGCUACUUUGCAGGCCGUUCAGUUGCUUGUAUAGAUAGAAAUGGAAAUGGCAAGUAUGCUGUCUAUCUUGCCAAUUAUGCAAGUGGCAAUGUUGGCCCACAUUCCUUGAUUGAAAUGGAUGAGAACCGUAGUGAUGUAGCUAACGGUGUGAUUGCAUUGAGAAAUGUUGCAAAUGAAGCUGGUAUUGCCAAGCUUACAGGUGGACGAGGUGUUACUGUUGGACCCAUCUUAAGCAAAGAUGGACGCAGUGACAUCUUCUGUGACAAUGAGCACGGAGCAAACUUCCUGUUCAAAAACAACGGCAAUGGAACAUUUACAGAUGUGGCUGCAGAAUCAGGUGUUUCAGAUUCAUAUGAGCAUGGUAGGGGUGUUAUGCUGACAGACUUUGAUGGAGAUGGAAAACUUGACAUUGUGUAUGGCAACUGGAAUGGGCCCCAUAGACUCUUCCUACAGACAGCUGAUGAUGAAGGCCGACCCAAAUUCAGGAAUAUUGCAACUGAAGAAUUUGCCAGGCCAUCUCCCAUUCGGACAGUCAUUGCUGCUGAUUUCAACAAUGAUGGUAAUUUAGAGGUUCUACUGAAUAAUAUUGCCUACCGUGGACCUGCUCCAAACAGGCUUUUCCAAGUUCUCAGAGGCAUAAAUGGUCAAGAUCCAUCAAUCAAAGAAAUUAACAUUGGUGAUGCACUAGAACCCAAUGGCAGAGGAACAGGAGGUGCAGUGACUGAUCUGGAUGGUGAUGGAAAACUGGAGGUCAUUCUGUCACAUGGAGAGUCUGCAGAACAACCAAUUAGUAUCUACAGAGUCAACUCCGAUGAAGAGAACAGACCAAAAGGGUGGCUACGUGUCCGUGUUAACACCCAGCAUGGAGCUCCAGCCAGGGGAGCACAGGUGACACUUCAUACUAAUAAUGGGAAGUACUCCAGAGUGAUUGAUGCUGGAUCUGGCUACCUCUGCCAGAUGGAACCAGUGGCUCACUUUGGCUUCAACACUGAAACUCCCAUAAGGCUAGAAGUUAUGUGGCCUGAUACAAGCUUCAAGGCAGUUGAUCUUAAUUCUACAAAUAUGAAUAGUGAGAUGACUGUUACUCAUCCUGGCACCAGUGGACAGACUGUUGCUCCCAUUACCUCUAACUCUCAGGGGAGAAAAUCUCAAGAAUUCUCAAAAACUGAACUAUAAGGUUCUAAAUAUCAAAUAAAAAAAGCUGCUGUUAAAGAAAUUAUAACAUAUACAAAGUAUGUUUCUAGUCCCAAGCAACUUUUUAUUGUAUUUUUCCCCCUUUUUUUUCUCCAAAGAAGAAAGUCAGACUUGCCUUGCACUCUGAUGCACACAAGUCAGGUUAAGUCUAACUCCAUUCUCCUUGUCUUUCCAGAGAAAGUAAACCAUCUGGGAGUCAAGAACCAGUCAUAGCCUCAUGUUAUUUAUUCCUUGCUUAUCAUGUGUGGUUGAUAUAUAUGUAAAUUAUUUAGAAAUUGUAUGAUUGUUUACAUGUACACAGGUACAUUGUGUGAUGAUAGGGCUUACUGUAAAUUCAUUCAUUAUUUUAAAAAUUGUAUUAAACUUUUUUCUAUUCAUUGACCUAUUUUUUACUUAAAAAAUGAAUACAAGUAGAGUUAGUUAGCACCUGCUUAUGAAGAGAAAUCAUGUAAAAGAUCAUUAGUUAACUUGGUCUCAGGUGUAUGCUUGAAAUCUAAGGACAGGAUAAUUUCAUGCAGAAAAAUAAGAUUUCCACUCUAAACAAGUGUUUGAUUUUAGUUGGAAACUCAAUGAAUCUGUAUGAAUCUUGUCUGGUAUCUGUUUGAUAAGAGUAAUGAAUUGUGUCUGGAAUCUGGAAUCAUGCUUAACCCAUUGGAUCCGGGUACUUCACAGCAAUCACUUGGCCCAAAUUAGGGGCAUUGGGCUUACAUGAGUGGCAACUUCCAAUGGGAGUGCGGCUUGUAGGCCGGGCACAUGCAAACACUCAUGUUUGGUGACAAGACUCUUUGCCUCCCCUUUGCAACAUUAUUUUAUCUUUUUAUGCAUAAGUGUUUUUAGCUUUUUUGCCAUUUUCCAAUGUCCAGUCAAUGGUAAUAGACUGUUUUCCAUGCACAAACUCCAUAACUCAGUGCAAAUAUUAAAUUUUCUGUAAUACAACCUGCGCUGCCAGUCACAGCAGCCAGGAAUAAGUAGCUGAGUAUGGACAUUUCAGUCAUGGCUUAUGGAAACUACAUUCCACAUUUGUUUAUUGAGGGGAAUAAUGCAAAAACCCAUUUCUAAAUGCCAAAUGAGUCUAAUCACCCCCCAGAAGGUUUGUGCACUCGUGGCCAGACUUUCCUGUCAUCCCAGCCUUCAGGUGAAAUACUCAUGAUGGCAAAUUUGCAUCACCCUGGCCCACAGCUAGCUUUUCCCUUGAUGGCAUGGUCACAUCACCCACCCAAGCCAAAUUUUUUACAUGAUGUAAUGGUCACGUCAUCUGGAUCAUAGGGGUUAAUGAAUCUCAAUGUUAUGUAUCUGUUUUCUAUGACCAAUUUAAACUUGAACCCAUUCAUAGAGAUUGUGAAUAGGUUACGUUCCUUAUCAGUAAGAAUAGUUAUCUCUCUAUUGCAGCUACAUUGUUUAUUGUUCAUUUGUUACUUCAGAAUUACUAGGCAGCUGAGAAUGCUGCAUGUAUUAGUAAGUGAAUGUAGAAAAUAAGAUAAGUUGAAGAGUUUAAGCAAAGGGAAAAUAUACUUUUUUCAUACUCACAGUAGACUCCUUGUAAGGCUAUAGAAAAGCUUGACCAUUCUGCAAAUGAUAUAGUUUCAUUUUAAAUAAUGAUGUACAUUGUUUUUCAGUUUUUAUGAUCUAAAUCACUUUCUUCAUUACAUUACCAGUAAGUUUUUAAACCUUUCAUCAGAAUCAUGAUGUAUUUUUUCUAUUUAUUACAUUGCUCAUAAGAAAAAUUGUAAAGCAGGCUUUUUCUUACUGUAACCCUAAAAGGUAGUAUCUUUUAUUGUAAUUUUUUAUUUUCUCAAUAAAAUAUAUGUAAAAGACCACAUCUACUUUCCUGUAACAAGUCCUUUGAGUGACUUUAUUUGCAGCUGCUGCAACUAAUAGCAUGACAUGCAAGAUCUGCUACUGUAAGAUGUAAUGAUG